UGCGCAGUAACCGAAGGGAGAGGCUUCAUCGCGAGAGAUAUGGGAUUCAAGAACAAGGCGGGCCCCGCCAAACUCCAAGCGGUAGCUCUCCGGUCUUCAUCCGACCGCACAAUUUUCCACCGAUGCCACUUCGACGGCUACCAAGACACACUCUACACGCACUCCAACCGCCAGUACUAUCGCGACUGCACAAUCACCGGUACAAUAGAUUUCAUCUUCGGAAACGCAGCCGCAGUUUUCCAGAACUGCACAAUUCAGCCACGUCAGCCCGGGCCGGGCCAGUACAACACCAUCACAGCACAAAGCAAAUCCGACCCGAAUCAGAAAACGGGCUUCUCGAUCCAACGGUGUAGGAUAAGCCCGUUUGGCAAUCUAACUGCCGCAACUUUCCUGGGCAGGCCCUGGAAUAAUCACUCGACCGUUGUUGUAAUGGAAACGGAUGUUCAGGGGAUUAUAGACCCUGCAGGGUGGAUUAAGUGGGCCCCGGAUAGUGAAGUGCCGGAUACAAUAUUUUACGCCGAGUAUAAUAAUACCGGGCCUGGUUCGGUUAUCAGCCGGCGCGUGAAGUGGCCUGGAUAUAGGCCUGAUAUUACAGAAGAGGAGGCUGAAAAGUUCCAUGUAGAUCCUUUUAUCCAGGGGUAUAAAUGGAUAAUCGAAGCAGGUAUAGAAUAUGAUUCACGUUUAUGAGAUUUGCUUCAUCACUCAAAUUUUUAAAUAUUCUUUUUCUUUUAGUUCCACUUGUACCAUGAUUUGCAGCCUCGAGUAAUUACAUUAAAAGGCAAUGUAGAAAUAGAACAUUUAAUCUGAGUUAUAAAUUGUGACCAUGUCAAUAUUUAAAGGUGACCAUGGAUUAUCUUAAUCAAUUAAAAAAGAAUUGAAUUUGACCAAUAAAAUUUGCUAUUAGUACCUAGUUUCUUGACCAUGCCAUCAAUAUAUUUGGUAGUUUAACUAACCUGUAACACAAGUACACAACGCAGCCCUAAUAUAAUUAAUUAAAAAUUCAUUCUUUAACAAAGAUAAUUAAUACGUCUUCACAUUAUUACCAUAAUAAAUACUACAUUUAUACAUGAGUACUAUAGAAAGUGUGUGUACAGUGUCUCCUAUUCCACUUUAUAUUUCACAUGCAUAACAUAUAACAAAAAAUACUUGGGUACAUCUUUUUUAGAUACAUUUAUCAACAAAGAAUAUAUAGAUCACAUAUAUUUUAUGUGAUUUAUCAACAAAGAAUGUAUAAAUUACACAUGGUUAGCCUGGUAUAGUUUACAUCUCUCGUAUGAUUUGCAAGCUAUUAUACGAGACUGCAGAUUUACCAAGUUCGCCUAUAUAAUUAGUUAGGGAUUCCUUCAUUAGGGGAAAAAAAUUGACACCUGACAAUUGAGGUAACUAUAUAUGUCAACGAACACACCCCCAAAGAAAUAAAUAAAUAAAUAAACCAUACCACAUAGAGACUUUUACACUUAGGGGCAUGCACACGUCGUACAAUAGUUAAAGAAACACAGUUGGGCUGCCCUCUUAUAUUAUUUGUUGUUGUAAGAGUUCAAUGCAUAAAAUGAAUAAUUAAUUUUAUUUUUUAAUUUUAAUUAUUACCAAACAUGAGAAAUAAAAAUACUUUGUAACCAAUUAAUGUUAAGAUAAUCUUGUUAAACGGCAAAUAAAUGGCACAAGAGAGCAAUGUUGCUCAAAGAAGGGCAAUCAGUGUAACAAUUAGGUAUGAAGAUAAGAAGUACCACUAUUCAAUAUAAUUUAGGCCUCGUUUGGUUGGGGAGAUUAUUCAUUGUUAACUAACUAAUUUGACUUUGUUUGAUGUUUAGUAUCUCAAUAAUUUGUCGGCUCGACUGGCAAAUAUUUUGUUAUCAUAAUUUAUCUUGCCUUCCAGACAUUGUUUCUAUUAGAUGUUCCAAGAUCCAAGAAUAUAACAGGGUUUCAUUAGAUUAUU